AUGGCUGAAUAUUUUGUCUUCGAGAUUGCUGAAUCACUGCUGGGGAAGCUUACAUCUAAUCUUUAUGAAGAAGUUUCUCGAGCCUUUGAUCUGUAUGAGGAUGUGCAAACAUAUAUUAAUGAGUUAUAUUCAAGGUCAUUUUUGGAGGACUUUGAGGACUUUGGCACAGUUUAUUAUUUUAAACUACAUGAUUUGGUACAUGAUCUUUCGCUGUAUGUUGCGAAAGAAGAGUUUCUAAUGGUGAACUCCAAUAGUCGCAAUAUACCAGAGCAAGUAAGGCAUAUAUCAGUUGUUGAAAAUGAUUCACUAAGCCAUAGUUUUUUUCCCAAGUCCAGAGGUUUGAGAACUAUAAUAUUUCCCGUUAAUGGAGUGGGUGUUGGCAGUGAAUCUCUUUUGGAAACUUGGAUAAAAAGAUACAAAUACUUACGGCAUUUAAAUUUAAGUAAUUCCUCUUUUGCGACACUUCCUAAUUCAAUUUCUAAAUUGGAGCAUCUGCGAGCUCUCAUUCUUGACAAGAACUUCAAAAUAAAAAGACUUCCUAAUUCUAUUUGCAGACUCCAAAACUUACAAAAGUUGUCUUUGAGAAGAUGCUCGGGGCUUGAAACAUUGCCUAAACGAUUAGGAAUGUUAAUCAGCCUCCGAAAAUUGUUUAUAACCACAAAGCAAUCUGUUUUGUCAGAGGAUGAAUUUGCAAGUUUGAACAAUCUUCAUACUCUGAUUUUUGAAUACUGUGACAAUUUGAAGUAUUUGUUCCGUGGGGCACAGGCACAACUCUCGUCCCUUGAGGUUUUGAUCAUUCAAUCAUGUGGGAGCCUAGAGUCCUUACCUCUUCAUAUUCUCCCUAAACUUGAGGUUCUGAUUGUAACAAGGUGCGUCAUGCUAAAUCUGUCCUUGAACAGUGAAAGACCAAUCCCAAGAUCGAAGAUGAAAUAUUUGCAUAUUGAGCAUUGUCCACGGCAACACACGCUGCCUGAAUGGAUUCAAGCAGCCUCCAACACUUUGAGAACACUGUCAAUUUUAAAUUGUCAUUGUCUUGAGAUGCUUCCCGAGUGGCUUAGCACAAUGACUCAUCUUAAGAUGCUCCAUAUAGUUAACUGUUCUCAGUUGUUUCAUCUCCCAAGUAACAUGCACUGCCUAAGAGCCCUUGAAGAUUUGAUCAUAGAUGGUUGUCCUGAAUUGGGUCGAAAAUGUGAACCACAUUCUGGUGAGUACUGGUCCGUCAUCGCUCACAUCAAAUGUGUUUCUAUUGGAGAAACAAGAAAAAAGAAACUCCUUUUCCAAUUGCAUUCCCGAAUGGGCUUGAACUGCACUUAGUAAAAUUGAAAUGUUGCACAACAUGGAGGCUGCAGUUGAAUUUCUGAUCAUGAAUGAAAUCAUCUAACAAAAGUAUUAUUAUAUGGCCGCCUCAACAGAUAUUUACAGUGUUAUGGCUGGUCUAUUGAAUGUUUCAACAUUCAAUUAGUGAAAAAAGAUAUGGUUUAGUUGGAUUUUGUUGUUGUGCUUGUCUACCUAUAACAUGCAACCUGCUAUGCUUCGAUUCCGUUAACUUCAUGUUCUUACCAAACCACAAAGAAAGAGUUCUAUCUAUAUUUGGAUUUUAUGUUCAGAAUCCAUUCAUU